AACAAUGGCUAGGAUUUGAGGGACGGCUAAAAACACCAAGUGUAAAAACUCUCAUUUUCAUUUUGAGAACGGUCGGGAAAACGUCUUUCAAGGAUGGUUCGGGUUACUGCUUACGUUCAUCAGCCAGUGUACAAUUAUAGCCACAAGUACAGAAACCUGGAUAUGAUUACAAAGGACGUGCAGAAAUUCAUGCAGGACUAUAAUGGAAUCAUCUUGCACAAAGACCCCUACAGGGGUGUGUUCCAUAGCUAUCUGCGAGAGAUUCGCACCAAGGUAAAGCAAUUGUUGUUAAAAUUUGGUGCGAUCCCUUACGACGAUGGAAGUGCCAAAACAGAAAAAGAGUUGUUCUGCUGUGGAUUGGCAUUCCAUGAUGCUGGUGAGUUGCGGAAGCACUAUAAAGCAGUACAUAAUGAACCAUUUAUACGCUACACUAAUGCUUUAGAGCAAGAGUUUCACAGCGUAAAGGAUCUAAGGCUACACCAUCACUCGUGUCGCCACAAGAAGUCGGCUUUCGAGGAAACAGACAACUGUGAGCUUAAAUCGGCUUUAGUAAAACUUGCAUUCUUCAACCGAAGGGUAAACGAAUAUCUACAGUAUGGAACAGUCGCCGAUCGUUACCUAUGUUUGUAUCUCAAAAAGAUCCUGAAGAAGAUAAUGAUUACGUUGGAUACGUUUGCAUUGUAGGAUAUUCCAUUAGAACUUAAGACUGUAUGAAUGUGGAGGAACGAACGGAUUGUACCAGUAUGCUAAACACGUGUUUAAACAAUUAAAGUUAACCAUUACCACCUUAUCCGACGAUGCUAAAUAAAGAAGAUGACACUUCCAAAUAGUCAAACUUUAUAUAA